UUGGAGCGAUACAGAGAGAAAGAGGAAGAAAGAGGCCUUACACACACCCAAAACCAACAUUACGAAGCUCUUCUUGCGCGCGGAUCGCGCGUUCCGUCCAAACGCCCAACAUGGAUCCUUUACCACAGCUGUCGCCCGAGGAGUUGAAGGAGGAUAGGUCGCCCCUCGUUUUGGGCGUAAUAACAAUGUGCUUAUUCCUAUCGACGGGCAUUUUGAUCCUGCGACUAUGGACCCGCUUCCACAUUGUCAAGAGAAUUGGUAUCGACGACUGGGCUGCCGCUUUCUCGUUGAUAUCGGUAUUAGGCAUCGGGAUUUCGCAGGCAGUGAUGACGCAGUAUGGCCUCGGAAAACAUCAACAGACGGUUCCGCCCGAAGAAAUGAUCGGAUUUAUGAAAUGCUUCUGGGUAUCUGUUCUCUUCUACAGCCUGGGCCACUUUUCGUUCAAGACGGCAUUCUUGCUCCAGUACUACCGCGUACUGGUCACCCAUUACAUGAAGAAGUACUACAUCGCCGCCAUGGUCUUUGUAGGGAUGUGGGGACUUAGCGUCGUGAUGUUGUCGUUCCUCUGGUGCAUUCCUCUCGCGGGCUUUUGGGAUAGGUCCGUCCCGGCGAAGUGUCUUCCUCAGCAAGUCCUCUUCUACCUCUUUGGUGCCUGCAGUAUCGUAACGGAUGUUCUCAUCUUCCUGUUACCGCUGCCGGCGCUGAUCCAGCUCAAGCUACCAAGGACUCAAAAGCUGUACCUGCUUGGUAUCUUCAGUCUUGGAUUCUUAAUCGUCGGCAUUUCCGUUUUGCGCCUCCAAUUCCUCAAGAUCAACCCAGACUUCACCUACUGGAACGUGGAUCCCGCCAUGUGGUCACUCGGCGAGCUUUCGGCGGCAAUGGUGUGCCUUUGCCUACCCCCUUUGAAAGCCCUCGCAGCCCGCAUGGGCCUGAUCGUCACGAGGGCGGGGACGUCGAGGACCGUUCCCUCAACCGUCGACCACCAGUACAGUCGCGGCCCGGCGUCCAACGCACCGCUCUCGCCAAUUCCCAAGGCGGUCGAGACCUAUCCGACGAAUUCUCCGAGCGAGAAGCCCGGCAGCUUUGGCAACUACGUGGUGAAGACGGAGCGCAGCGACGAAGAAGUGAUUCGGCCCAGUCCUGCGCAUAUGGUAUAAUAUUUUAACAACAUGGGACUUUGAGAUUACGAUUUUAAUGAGGCAAUGUAUUCUGUAA